UGGACGCGAACGAAAAGGCCAGCGCAGUCUGGUUGGCACACGGAGAACGAUGGGCGGCGGGGAGGAGCGAACCCGGAAGGCGAGGGUCUGUCCCUUGAGGAGUCGGAGCGCUCCUCCCUGAGCCGCAAGAGCUAAGCAUCAUUCGGACACUCUUGCUGCCACUGCCACGACACACGACCCAAUAAUGAGGCCCGACGAGGACAGCGCCGUGUCCAUCCAGAGGGGUCCCAUCUGCGAAUGGUCUAAGCAGGAACCCACGUCGUUGUCCCCGACGACUAGCGUGACCCACAAAAUGGAAGGCUGCGCCAAGCAUAGCGGUGACAAAAAACCCUGCCCCGUGCACACGGCAGCUUUGGGCGACACCAAGCGGGCCUUCCGCAAAAGCAGACACAAUGACUACGUCAAAAUCUCCAUGAAGGAGCCCGACGUCAUCCGCCUGCCAACCGAGUGGUGGAAAACCACGCUUCUCUUCUUCUACGCCGGCUUCAGCCUGUUGCUGACCACGGCCGUCAUCACUGUGGUCCACGAAAGAGUUCCGCCCAAAGAGAACAUCCCGCCUCUUCCUGACUCCUUCUUUGACUACAUCAACGAAGUCAAGUGGGCCUUCACUGUUACGGAGGUUAAUGGCAUCGUGCUGGUUACCAUUUGGUUCCUGCAACUCUUCUUCUUCAACCACAAGUCCAUAGUAUGCCGACGCUACUUCUUCCUGGUGGGGACCUUGUACUUGUACCGCUGCAUCACCAUGUACAUCACCGUCCUGCCUGUACCUGGUAUCCACAUCACCUGCGCGCCCAAGCUGUACGGAGACUCGUACGGCAAGGUUCAGAGAAUUCUGAAGUUGAUUUCUGGAGGAGGGAUGUCUAUUACCAGUUCCCACAUUAUGUGUGGAGACUACCUGUUCAGUGGACACACCGUGAUGCUCACCCUCACCUACCUGUUUAUCAAGGAAUACUCCCCUCGCUCGUUCUGGUGGUACCACCUGAUGUGCUGGUUGCUGAGCGCCGUGGGCGUGGUGUGCAUCCUGGUGGCACGCGAGCACUACAGCGUGGAUGUGGUGGUGGCCUACUUUGUCACAACGAGACUCUUCUGGUGGUACCACAGCAUGGCCAACACGCAUUGUCAGUGUUCACCCCACAACUACCUCAGCAAUCCUUUUUGGAACCCGCUGUUCAACUUCAUGGAGAGGAACGUGAAGACACAUGUGCCGUGCGUGUACGGCUGGCCCAUCAGCUGGGCGCCCGCCUGCCUGAAGAACCCCUGUAAGAAAUACUCCAUGGUACAGAGCACACGUGAUGAGUGACAGACUCAGGGUUGGGGCGGAGUAUUCAACAAACAAACGUGCCUAGAAGGAAAUAUACGCUUUCACCGUCUGUCUGUCUGUCUGUGUUUUUGCUGUUGGAAUGUAAAUAAUUGCAUAGUUUGUUUCUCUCUGUGUCAUAUGCGUGCGUGUGUGUACACAAUCUUGUCCCAGCUUCUAAAUCAGGGGUGGGCAACCUACUUUUAUCCCCAAAGACCAUUAAUUCCACAAAUGCUCUUAAUAUAUUGUGCUGAAGAAAGUGUGUCGCAUUCUAUUUUUGUUUUAUGGUCACGUGAGAUUUCCCCAUUAACACUCGAUAGGAAUAAGGUUCCUUAACUUUGUUCGAGAGUAUUUAAAAGGGUUUAUCGUCACAUUCCAACAGGGUUUUUUGUUCAAUGAGAACCUCACUAUCAGUGUUACAAGGUGCCUUAGUGCAGCGUUUCCCAACCUUUAUGGCACCAAGACAUAUUUUACAUGUAAAAAAAUGUCAGGCAUUUUUUUUUUUUAAAUCACAAUUUUGGCUGCUGUGAUUAAAUUAAUGUAAUUGUGAUAUUUACAUUUAUGUUUACAUCAAAAUGUGAGCUCUGUUAGUGUAAUCAGUCACCCAGCAAAAAUUAGAGCUGAAAAGCAAGUUUUCACUUGCAUAAGGAAAAUUGGGAUUAAUAAUCGUAAUUAUGGUAUUAUAAAAUACAAAAUAUUAAGAUCAAGCAAAAUAAUCGGGAUUAUCAUUUUGGCCAUAAUCGUGCUGCUUCACUCGCGCCACACCACCAGUCAAAAAAGUUACUUAAAAUUAGUGUACGUAUAUGGUUAUUUAGUGCUAAAUGGAAAUUAUGUGGUAAAAUAUUGUGGAAGUGUCAUGGUAGUAAUUCAUUCUGUCUGUCAAUACCUUACCUAGAUUGAUGAACAAAGAUACAUAAUACAAUACAGUAGUGACAGGUACUCAUUUUCAUACCAGCCAAAAAUUUCCGAUGACACACCUAAUGAGUUCUCACGACAACGCCCAUGGCUCACGGCACAUUGGUUGGGAAUCGCUGCCUUAGUGGGUUUAACUUUAGUGUGUGUGCGCGCGUGUACCAAAACAGCCUUGACGAGUUCAAUUUCUCCCUAAUUAUUAUAAUUAUAUUAUUAUGAAUUAUUUAAACUUAAUUUUAGAACCACUUGAUUUGUGUGUUUCAUCUCUGUGGUCUUUGCAUUGUAAUAAACUGAAUUAAGAACACCUAAGUGUCUGAUUUGGGAUUUCAGAAUUUUUUUUACAAUGA